UAGACGCGUGAGGGGCCGCUCGACUGUGGUCACCCGCCUCACGAUGGUCACCACAGCCUCUUCCACAGCGGCCCGGCCGGCGUCGCGGCGGGCACUUCCGGGAGCCCUCGGGUGUCCGUUGGGUCUGUCGGCACGCACUCCCCCGAGCGCGGCGCGUCAGGCAGCUCCCCGCGCGGAGCCCAGAACUUCCUGAGCCUCGUGUCCUCGCCUUCCAGGGAGAGCCGGCCGCAGACCUCGGGACGGAGGCGAGCCCCGGACAGCCUUCGAUGUGUCCUGUCCCCAGCACCGUCCCUCGAGAGCCCACCUGCUGUGAGUGCCAGGCCAAAUUCGGGGGCUUCCUGCCGGUGCCCAGGGUCCAGGUGGCCUUGCCUUACUGGGUCCCUUUGUCCCUGAGACCCCGAAAGCAGAUCCAAAAGAUGGUCCGGUUUUAUAUCCCCAAAACCUCCGAGGCAUGCCCCUGCUUAUGCCACCGCUUUGGGGGCCGGCUCCCAAUGCCUAGGGAUCAGGCCGUGAUGCCCUACUGGGUGCCCCAGAUCCUGAGGCCUCACAAGAAGGUGGUGAAAAGGCCGCAGAGUUGUAAAGGCAUCCAAGAACGCCCCCUGGACUUGCACUCCUGGUACAACCGCUGGCAGAUCUGCUGUGACGGGCGCCUCCUCCUCAAGUGGCAACAGCUCCAGGCCCUUCACCAGCACGAGCCACUGGCCCCAGAGAGGGGAGUGAGCCCCCCGGCCCCCUUCCUGCCCUUCAGCCUCCUCACCCUCCUGCAGGUGGUCCUGAGGGUCGUGGUGGCCAUUCGCCACUUGUUUUGGUUUUGAAGUUGGAAUCUUCAGCCACUGCCGAGAACAUCAACGAAAAUGUCAGUCAUAAUGAAGGUCUUUAACGAGAAUGUCAAGUCAGGGGGAGUGUGUGAUAGCCACCGUUCUCUCAGGCCCUAGAAGUCACACCCGGGGCUGGGUCCAGGCUCUCAACAGGCAGUGCUUCGUGGCGGCGCAGCUGCUGUGGACGCAGGGGAGACUCCGGCGAACGUGGCCAAUAAAUGUUAUUUGUGAAGCUCCA